AUGGCCCAGGCAGAGCGGACGUAUCUGGCGGUAAUCGGUGAUGAGGACUCCGUGACUGGUCUCCUUCUAGCCGGCAUAGGCAAUGUCGGUCGGGACCAGAAGAAGAACUUCCUGAUUGUGGAUUCAAAGACCCAAAUCCCGGUCAUCGAGGCCGCUUUCGAGGACUUCACGUCGAGGAAAGACAUUGCCAUUCUGUUGAUAAACCAACACGUGGCGGAGAAGAUUCGUCCCAUGGUCGACAAGUACCAGGCCGCGUUCCCCGCCCUGCUCGAAAUCCCCUCCAAGGAUCACCCAUAUGAUCCCAGCAAAGACUCGGUCCUCAAGCGCGUGCAGAAGUUGUUUGGCGAAUGA